CAGCUCGUACACUUCCGGAAGAAGCGGAAGACAACAGUGGAAAAUUCGCGGCUCAUAUGCCGAAUUUCCAAACAAAAAACAGAAACAAAAGUUUUGAUUUGAACCUUUUGACAACCAAAGACCUAAGCUGUCGACAUGUUUGCUUUCCAAGCAUUCGACCACCCGAUGUCCCGGGGGUUUCAGAACCGCUUCUCCACUCAGUACCGCUGCUACUCGGUGUCCAUGCUGGCAGGUCCCAACGACCGCUCCGACGUGGAGAAAGGAGGCAAAAUAAUAAUGCCACCUUCAGCUCUUGACCAGCUCAGCAGGCUUAACAUCACCUACCCAAUGCUGUUCAAGCUGACCAACAAGAACUCAGACAGAAUGACACACUGCGGCGUUCUGGAGUUUGUGGCAGACGAGGGAAUCUGCUACCUGCCACACUGGAUGAUGCAGAAUCUUCUGCUGGAGGAAGGUGGUCUGGUCCAGGUGGAAAGUGUUAAUCUUAUGGUUGCCACGUACUCAAAGUUCCAGCCACAGAGCCCUGACUUCCUGGACAUUACAAACCCCAAGGCAGUACUGGAAAAUGCAUUGAGAAACUUUGCUUGCUUGACAACUGGUGAUGUCAUCGCCAUCAACUACAAUGAAAAGAUAUAUGAGCUGCGAGUAAUGGAAACCAAGCCAGAUAAAGCAGUGUCUAUCAUCGAGUGUGACAUGAAUGUGGAUUUCGAUGCUCCUUUGGGUUACAAAGAGCCUGAACGACGACCUCAGCACCAGGAGGAACCAACAGAGGAAGAAGCAGAUCCCACCAGCUACGCUGACAUGGACAUGGGAUUCAGAGCUUUCACUGGCUCUGGCAAUCGUUUGGAUGGUAAAACAAAAGGGAUUGAGCCCAGCCCUGCCCCUCUUUGCCCAAGUGAAAUCAAAAGAGGCAUUCCCAACUACGAGUUCAAAAUUGGCAGGAUCACCUUCAUCAGAAACUCAAGGCCUCAGCCCAGGAAAAUUGUAGACGAUGAUGAUGCCAUGAACAGAUUCAUCGCCUUCUCAGGAGAAGGGCAGUCACUACGCAAGAAGGGCAGAAAGCCGUGAAGGAUUCCAAGUGAAGAGACUGGCCAAUGUGCAUAGACUCAUCAUAUCUAUUGUCACCUUCAACAACAAAGUAAAAAACAAACAAACCUGGCUUUCAGAUGCAUUGGCAUUUUGUCUCCCUGUCCCUUUGAAAUGGGAUUUUUGCUCUCAAGGUGGGAGUAUUUGUAAUUAAAACUCCGACAGUAAUGUAUUGCUCAACAAAAGCUGAGCUUCAUAAAAUGCUGUGUGGAGUCUGUAUCACCACACCACCAACACAACGAGGGACUUCUGGAGUUUUGUCGUGAUAUUGGAGCAUUUUCCCCCUUUUUCCAUAAUUGUUGCAUUUUUACAAAUGACUUGAAAUAUACUGUUAUCCAGAGCCACAUUCAAAUGACACAAUGGAGCAAUAAAAGCUCGAUCCUUUUGUUUCUAAUUUUAAUGAAAAUAAGUUUAUGUUUGAGUUUUUUCUGAGCUGGAGGAGUAAUUUGCAAGUUUUUCUUUUUUUUCUUGGCUUAUUUAUAGACAAAUAAAGGAUUGUGUUUGAAUUAA